AUGGAGGACCUGUGCAUCGUGUGCGCGGAGCCGCUGGUGUACACGGCAUAUGGGCCAUGUGGGCACCAGGACGCCUGCUCCAAGUGCGUCCUGCGCCUGCGCACCAUCAUGAAGGACAGCCGAUGUGUGCUGUGUCAGCAGCCGUGCCAUGCCGUGUUCGUCACCCGCGCCAUGGGCAGUUACACGGGCACCCUGUCGGCCGACGAGUGGGAGGAGCUGCCGGAGAGGGUGGAGCAGGGCAAGGCCUUCCUGCUGGCCCAGGCCCAGGCCUACUUUGAUGAGCAAGCCCACUUCAAGACCAUGGCGGGGCUGUGCACCUUCUCCCACCCCGCGCUCCUGGACGCCCAGAAGAGGCCCAUUGUAUUCCGCACCCUCCAUGCCCUGCGUGAGGGUGUGAAGGAGGCUCUGGACCAGCACUUCUGCGGGCAGUGCCUCCAGGGGCGCAAGGUAUUCACCGCCGAGCAGUUACUCUACUCUGGGCCGGACCUGGAGCGCCACCUGCGCCAGGGCGAUCGGGAGGGCCCCCUCGCCGAGGCCGGCUUCAAGGGCCACCCGGAGUGCCACUUCUGCCGGCGCCGCUUCUACGGCGACACAGAGCUGUACACCCACAUGCACACGCAGCAUGAGCAGUGCUUCCUGUGCAAGCGGGUGGACCCCAGCAAGCACGUCUACUACCGCGACUACCCGGACCUGGAAAACCACUUCUCCCAGCAGCACUUCCCCUGCCAGCACCCCAGCUGCCUCGAGAAGAAGUUUGUCGUCUUCGCCAGCGUCCAGGAGCUGCGGCAGCAUACCGUGAAAGAGCAUGGGGAGAUGCUGGGCAAGGCGGAGCGGCGGGCGGCCAUGGUCGUCCCCGUCAGCUUCUCGAACAACGAGGAGGACUUUCCCAGUGUGGGACCCGGGAGCGUGCUGAGCACGAGCAAGGCCGCCAAGCGUCGCCUCAAGGCGCAGCAGAAGAGCAUGGCGGAGGCGCUCGGGCCCGGCAUCCGCGGCUGGGUCGCGCUUUCUCGCGAGGAGCAGGACGCUGCGCUGCUGGCCAGCCUGCGCACCUCGCGCCUGCCCCGGCCCCCGAGCGCCCAGGAGGUGAGGGUGCCUGAAGAUGUCGACGCGGCGGCCAGGGUGGUGGCAAGGCUUCCAGGCGCUGCGGCGGGGCCCAGCACUGCAGCGGGGCCCAGCACUGCGGCGGGGCCCAGCACUGCGGCGGGGCCGGCGGAGAUGCCGAGCAGUGCGGCUGCGCAAACAGGGCGGCGUAGCUCGCCCGCAAAGAAGCGGGCCGACGACGCUGCGGCGCACAGCGGCCAGACCGACGAGGCGUCCGCCUCGAGGAGGACGGGGUCCUUGCCACCGCCGAGCCCCGAGGCCGCGCGCUCGCUGCGCGAGGCUAACCGCACGCUGGUCGAGCGGGUCAGGGCGUCGCUGAGCGCCGAGGAGUUCCUCGCCUUCCGCCGCGAGUCCUCCGCCUGGGUGCGCGGCGAGCUGACGAGCCCCGAGUACGCGGCGGCGGUGGUCGCGCUGGGCCUGGCGGACUUGAUCCCGGACCUGGCCGCCACCUGCCCCAACCCGGCCAAGGCCCAGGAGCUGGUGCAGGCCGCGCCGCGGGUCAAGGGCAAGCGGGCUGCCCGCUCUGGGUGGGUCCCGCCGGAGGUGGCGGCGAUGGAGGCGUCACGGGGCGGCCUGCCGACCCCGGGCCUGGACCUGGACGAGGCGCCAGUUCUGAAGAGAGCGGAGGACAAGGGCGCAGCGGUCCCGAGCAAGAAGAAGGCGCCGGCGCCCAGCGAGCGAGCCGGCCCCAGCGGCCCGCAGCCAGCGGCGGCGCGGUCGAGUCCCGACACGCAAGUCGACGGCUCCGCGUUUCCCGCCCUCCCCGCAGCGCAACCCAGGGCCAGGCCGGCGUCGCGGGGUCCACCCGAGCCAGACACCCCUGCUUCACAAGGCCCGUCGGCGGGGCAGGGCAAGAAGGGGAAGAAGGCGCUGCCCCUGGGGGCCUUCCAGAGGCAGGUGUCGGAGGUUGCGGAGCGUGCCAAGCCCAGUGCCUGGGCCGGGCCCAGCCCCAACCUGCGGGGCCAGUGGGCAGCUGCAGGGAAGCUGGCGCACGAGGAGCGCGUCAUGCAGGAUGCUUGGGGCAAGUGA